AGGCCAAAAUUGAAUCCCUAAACCAUGAAAGUGUUUCGGUAACUCAAAAGUUUCAAACUCAAUCAGAAGAACUUGACAAUUGGAAAAGGAAGUACAAGAAGCAACAUGAAAUCGAACAACAAAUGGAGUCCACCUUGGAGACUCUACAAGCCAAAAUUGAAUCCCUAAAAAAUGAAAGCAUUUUGGCGACACAAAAGUUUCAAACUCAAUCAAAGGAACUUGACAAUUGGAAAAAGAAGUACGAGAAGCAACAUGAAAAUGAACAGCAAAUGAAGUCCACCUUGGAGACUCUACAGGCUAGAAAUGAAUCCCUAAAAAAUGAAAGCGUUUUGGCAACACAAAAAUUUCAAACUCAAUCAGAGGAACUUGACAAUUGGAAAAAGAAGUACAAGAAGCAACAUGAAAAUGAGCAGCAAAUGAAGUCCACCUUGGAGACUUUACAGGCCAAAAUUGAAUCCCUAAACCAUGAAAGUGUUUCGACAACUCAAAAGUUUCAAACUCAAUCAGAGGAACUUGACAAUUGGAAAAGGAAGCACGAGAAGCAACAUGAAAUUGAACAGCAAAUGAAGUCCACCUUGGAGACUCUCCAGGCUAAAAAUGAAUCCCUAAAAAAUGAAAGCGUUUCAACGACACAAAAGUUUCAAACUCAAUUAGAGGAGCUUGACAAUUGGAAGAAGAAGUACAAGAAGCAACAUUCCAAACUGAAGAAAGUUGACGCUGAGAAAGAAUCCCUAAGAAAAGAAAAUUUUUUAGUGAAUCAAAAGUUUGAAACUCAAUCAAAGGAACUUGACAAAUGGAAGGAGGAGUACGAGAAUCAACUUGUCAAAAAACGACAACUGAAGUCCAAGCAAAAGACACUGGAGUCCGAAAUUGGAAGAUUAAAGGAUCAGAUUAUUGAAACUCAAUCAAAGGUACUGGUGCAGCUUGGAAAUGAACUCUCCGCACCCAAACAAGUACAGGCAUCAACGAAUUCUUUCAGCCACGGUCCGGUUGGAAGCAGCCUCAACUUAAUCAGAGGUUUAGGGGAACACCCCAAUUUGGAAACUACAGGUUUUAUGCCCAUCUGUCCAACAACAGCAUUUCCCACGUGGGCCUCAUCUGUGUCUGUCAUCAGAGUUGGAAGCAGUCCAGCGAUGAAUAUGG